AUGCUGAAGAAUUCAGUAAUAUAUCAAAAAAUCUCAGAGAAACGAAAAAAUUUAGAACAAUUAAAACAAUUUAAACAAUUAACAGAAGAACUUAAUUUAAAUUUAAAUGAUAUAUCAAAUCAAAUUUCAAAAAUGAAAAAUGGUACAGAAAGUGUAGCAUUAAUUUUACAAAAUUGGCAAAGAGUUAUUCAAUCUAUUUCAUUAGCUUCUUUGGGAUUAUUAAAAUAUCAACAACAACAAUUGAGUGAUAAACAAGUUGAUGAUGAUGAAAUAUAUCCUGAGACGUUAGUACGAAUAAAUUUAAAUGAGGAAGAUGAUAUCGAGGUGGAAGGUGAAGAUGCUGAAGAAAUAGUUGAAGAGGAAGAGAUAGAAGAAUUUGGUGAAGGAGGGGAAUAA